ACUGAGGGAAGGGGAGGGCACUGAAGCUGAGGGCUGAACUGCAGAGAGGAGAAUCGGCUCUCCAGUCUCUCUCCAGUCAGAGAAAAAUUACCGAGACUCCAGCCAUGCAAUAAAUACUGCACCUUUGAUAUCUGGCCAUACUGCAUCAAUAUUACAGGAUUAAACGGUCAAGACGUUUGGUCUGGAGUUUACAGCGUUUUCAUGAUGCAGUUGUUGGAUUUGUGGACCACAUUCGUCCUCUCUAAGGAUUUUUACCUGACUUGAGAAAACCUUGCUUACAUGACAUCAUACUAAGAAGAGAACUGGAUACCCAGCUUCCCAAAUCCACCAGCACCCCUCUGUGGCCUUUGGUGGGUUGCACUUUGGAUUUCAAGCCAGUACAAACCAUGGAUGACCUAAUCGCUAGACACUACAACUUCACUGGGAAAUUUCGCAAGGUUGAUGACAAGGACCCGGGACUCAGUGCGGACUCUGUUGUGUUCAUCAUCGUGUGCUGCUUUAUAAUCCUGGAAAAUGUUCUGGUUCUCCUUACCAUUUGGAGGACCAAGAAGUUCCACAAGCCCAUGUACUACUUCAUCGGGAACUUGGCCUUGUCAGACUUGCUGGCCGGGGUGGUGUACACUGCGAACAUCUUGCUGUCGGGAGCCAACACGUAUAGGUUGACCCCAAUGCAGUGGUUCUUCAGGGAAGGGAGUAUGUUUGUGGCUCUGGCCGCUUCAGUGUUCAGUCUCUUGGCCAUUGCUAUUGAGCGACACCUGACCAUGCUGAAGAUGAAGCUUCACAACAAUGGUAAGACGUGCCGUGUCUUCAUGCUCAUCAGCACUGUGUGGUUCAUCGCUGCCAUCUUGGGCGGUUUACCAAUCAUGGGUUGGAACUGCAUUGAGAGCAUGAACAACUGCUCCACAGUUUUGCCACUCUACCACAAGACCUACAUCCUCUUCUGCACCACCGUAUUCAGUGUCAUCCUCAUGGCCAUUGUCAUCCUGUAUGCCCGCAUCUACGCCCUGGUCCGCACGCGGAGCCGCAAGCUGGUCUUCCGCAAGGUCGCCAAUGGCCGCUGCAGCAACAAGAGUUCGGAGAAGUCCAUGGCCCUCUUGAAGACCGUCAUCAUCGUGUUGAGCUGCUUCAUCGCGUGUUGGGCGCCGCUCUUCAUCCUGCUUCUGCUUGAUGUGGCCUGCCAGAUCCGCACUUGCCCGAUCCUCUACAAGGCUGAGUGGUUCCUGGCUCUGGCCGUGCUCAACUCCGCCAUGAACCCUCUGAUCUACACCCUGACCAGCAACGAGAUGCGCCGGGCCUUCAUCAAGAUGCUCAACUGCGGCGUCUGCGACCAAGCGGCGGGGAAGUUCUCCAGGCCCAUCAUGGGCGCCGAGUUCAGCAGGAGCAAGUCGGACAACUCCUCUCACCCUAAUAAGGACGAGCCCGAAUACUCGCCAAGGGAAACCGUAGUGUCUUCUGGGAAUAUCACCUCUUCUUCUUAAAGGGACUUUUUGUGUACAUUUAUGUCUGGAGUGUGUGUGCAAGUGAGUGUGUUUGUCUGGCAUCCUCCUUGUUUGUGUUCCUGUGGCUCAGUGGUAGAGCAUUGCGUUAGAUGCACAAAAGGUUGUGGGUUUGAUUCCCAGGGAACACACAUGGUUAAAAAAAAAAUGUAUAGCCUGAAUGCACUGUAAGUCGUUUUGGAUAAAACCGUCUGCCAAAUGCAUAAAUGUAAAUGUUGUGAUCCUUAAUGGAAGCAGAAGGCUGGGAGAAACCAGGAUUUGGCAUGCGCUUACAUUAAAGACUUUGUCUUCUGCUGUUCAGAUCACCAGAACAUUUCUGCAACUUAAGGAAGCACUUAACCGACCAUUAUUCAGUAUUUUAUUUUUUUAUCCCCGUCAAAUGGAAACCUGUAGACAAGCACUUUUCAGGGAAUUGCUCCUUUGAGAACCAACAUAGGCAUUAUUGACUCUGUCUAAAAUGGAUUGAUGUGAGAAAUACUAGCUUGUUGUGGUUGUUUGUACUACAUUUUUGGAAUCAAAUUGAAGAAAUGCCGUCAAGAGGUACUUGUGUUUCUUUAAGUUAACACUAUGGUAUUACGAUGUUAUUUUGCCCCUGAUCCAGAAUGUAUUUUGUAAAUGCAUUUGUUUUUCUUCACCUGUCAACAAAUAAACUGUUGUUGUAGAAGAGUGUACAUUAGCUGUCAAUAUUAAUUUAUCUUGAAACAGUUGCAAUUAAUUUGAAACUUGGUGGGAUGGAACUAAGUGUUGUGUUAAUUAAUUGUAAAUAUAUUUUAUUAUUUUACUUUGAUAGUACGCCGUGUAUCAUAGCUCGUGCACAUUGAUCUGCUCUGCCGCCCAUCAGGUGUAGUUUUGUCUUUGCUGGGUUGCAUGGCUCAACUCUAAUGAAGUUAAUUUGAUGGGAUGGAAAUAUCUGGGGAAAUUAAGAUUAAUGUCUAUGUGAAUUUUCUGUUGGCAUGUCACAUUACAACAGAAUUAAUUUACAUGUUUGUAUUUAUCUGUUCCUCAUACAUACAAUCAAAUCAUGAGCCAGUAUUAUCCCUGUUCAGUGUUGCACAUUGUAACAUCUAGUCCAUGUGUUUUUGUUCUUUUAGUUGUUAAUAAAUAUUGUUGAAGAAAAAGCAA